AUGGAUUUGAAAUCUGACCAUAUUCGGGCCAUCAUCUAUUAUCAAUGGAUGCAGACUAAAGAGUUGGAUGAGAUUCACCAGCGCAUCAACACAGUAUUAGGACAUAAUACUGUAGGUUUUAGUACAGUCACCAAAUGGGUCCGUGAAUUUAAAAGAGGACGGCAGUCACUUGAAGACACCCCUAAACAGGGUCGGCCCGUUUCGGUGAAUACCCCGGAAAAUGCAGCGAUUGUCGAAGAUAUAAUAAGAGCUGAUCCAAGUGUUACAUACCAUGAGUUGGAGCAGAAAUCAGGCAUUCCGGGCACAACACUUAGAAGGAUAUGUGCUGACCAAUUAAAGGUACAGAAGAAACUUUGUCGUUUUGUACCCCAUCGUCUAAGUGAUGAGCAAAAAAAGGAUAGGUUGGAAAAAUGUCAACAAAAUCUAAAGCUCUGGAAGAAAGGCAAAGAUAAUACCAUCAAUAAGAUAGUAACAGGUGAUGAAGUGUAUGUUUAUUAUUACGAGCCAAAGCUGUCACGGGAAGCAAAGAUAUUUGUGUUUGAAGAUGAAGAACCACCGAGUGUUGUGAGAAAAGAAAAAACGAUUGGCAAAAUACUUUAUGCCAUAUUCUUCAGCUCAUCAGGUUUGGUGGAUGCGGUCAAAUUGGAAGGACAAAGGACUGUCACGGCUUUAUGGUACACCACACAAUGUCUUCCACGUGUGCUUGAAAAGGGCCCAAAAAAUGGUAUUUUGUUGCAUCAUGACAAUGCACCUGCUCAUACAGCAUGUGGUUUAAAGCAUUUUCUUCGAGGUAAAGCCUUUUCUUCAGAAGAAGAGAUUGAUUCUGCAGUAAUGGAGUAUUUAGAGUCGAUUGAGAAAAAGGACUGGGAGGAGGCGUUUGAAAGGUGGAGGAGGCGUAUGACCAAGUGCAUUGAGGCAGAGGGGGAUUACUUUGAAUAA